GGCCAUUGCAACGCGCUUAAGGUUCACACCCCUAAGAGCCAUGGGGGUCGUAUUCAUGUAAUUGAGGCGUUUUUGGACAUGUAAGAGCGCCUACGGGGGAGGUGAGAAGGCAACCCUGCGGACUCCGAGGAGCCUGCGGAGGCCAUGGCAUCCCCGCCUGGCCCAGAUGGCGCUCCCACUCGAACAAAUACUCCAGCCACCCCUGUCCUAGAUGAAUCGGUGAGUAUCCGAGCAACAGACGCUGCAAUGCUGCACCAAUGUAUGGCUGCAGCCAUGCAUCAAGACUAUUGCAUCAAGAUAAUGGAUGCGCAUGUGUUUCUGUGCUGCAGCAUCAGAUCGCCCCCUCGUCCGGUAGCCGUCCCCCGCCACCGCCCCCGCCCGAUGCACCGCAUGGGCAGGCGUCCACCAGACAGAUCCGGCCCGGUCAGGAGGGACGUGGUGCCGUCGGCCCCCCAAGGCCAACUCUGGCACUUACCCGCAAUUCCUUCGAGGCCGUGGCCCGCGGCUUCCCGUCCCUCCUGGUGGUGGUGGUGGUGGUGUGCAGCGCCGCGGGAUGGAGGUGGGUGUGUUGAAGGGGGAGGGAGAGGGAGAGGGAGAGGGUAACGUGGUUGACGGGAGAGAGGAGGGCAACUCCAGCGGUGUGGGGUUGCCAGGGGAGGUGGGUACGUCGCUGCAACAUCUGCAGCCGCAGCCCCCACAACAGGCACAAAACUCUGCCGCGGAGGAGCACCAUCUCAAUACACCAGCAGCCAUGCUGGGGUCUCUGGUGAGAACCAACGAUAUUGCACGCAGUGCGCUGGGUAUGUCUGUUUGUCUUCCUGUCUGUGUGUGUGUGUGUGCGUUUGCGGCUCAGGGUGGCGGAACGUCGGUGGGCCAGCCGCACCCGUACCCACAGGCCGCACACGGUGGACAGGUGCGAGACACACAACACGCACUAAGUUUGACACACACACACACACAUCUAUGUUUGUGAUGUGCGUGUGUGUGGUGUAGUUGGCUGGUGAGGGGAUGCUGCCCACCGGACAAACCCCCGUCGUACGCCACCCGAACACCCAAUACGCACAGACAGACACAUCAACCGUGAAUGCAUCUCGUGUGUGCCGUCUCUCUUUUUGCAUAUGCAGACGAUGCUGGCAACUCUGCAGGCGCUGCAGCAGCAGAUCAAUCACAUCCAGCAGAUGCAGCAGAUGCAGCAGCAGAUCAUGCAGCAGCAGAUCAUGCAGCAGGCGACGCAGCUCCCCCAGCCGACACCGCCCCUCCCUGCCCUCAGCCAACACCAGGAUGGUCCUGCUGUGCCAGGCUCCGCCCAUCAGGGCACCCAGCAACACACACACGACAGCGGCGGCAGCAGUGGAGACUACAACCUACAGGCAGCGCCGGGGGGUCCGCCACACAGCAGCGGAAAUUCCAUGCCCCCUGUCGGCGGUGCAUUUGGGGGUGGGCUGCAGCUCCAGUCGAUCACCCAGCCAGCAGGUAAGGAGAGAGAGAGAGAGAGAGAGAGAGAGGGGAGGGAGGGAGGGAGGGAGGGAGGGAGGAACAAUGCUCGCGUCAGUCUGUCGAUGUAAUGUAUGUGUGUAUUCUGUGUAUGUGUGUGUGUGUGUGUCAGAUGAGUUUGAUUCGUUGCCGCCUCAGGCUCCUCCCCAUCCAUUCGUCGUGCCCCCGCCUUCUGCCGAGUCGCCAGUGCCCAACCAGGGUGUCUGCGUCGCCAAGGCCGCCCAGCAGGCCCAGGCCGACCUGCAGCCACCACCACCACCCAUAGAGACCGACGGAGAGCCGCAGAUCUCACAACCCAUGCUGGCCACCACAAAGGACCAGCCAGACGAAAGCCACCCCCGAGAGACGGCACAACACGACGACAACGGCGGGGGGGCAGCACGGGCCACCACAGGUGCCACUGCUGGUGGUGCGGGGGUGAGACUUGAUGAUGGCGCUGUCGGGGAUGGCGACGUAGACGUGGGGGGGGCAGUGCCGAUAGUUGUAGCUAAUGGUGUUGAAGAAGAGGGCGAUGGUGGCUGCCUGGCGGCCGGCGAGCACCACCCAAAACACGAGACUGAGGACCGCAGUUCACACGUACAGACACGAAAAAAAGCAACAAACACCUCUCCUGCCAUGUAUGUGUGACCAUUUUGUGUGUGUUGUCUUGUUUAGCUGUCCGAAGACGCGUCGGCGCAGCAGCUGCCUCUCAACGUCGACUCCCUGCAAAGGCUGGCGGCCCAAGACGAGCAGCCCGUUGAAGACAUAGGGCAGUCAAUCCACGAGCUUCCUGAGAACGACCACAUCGUCAAUCUGCUCUCGAGGGCGGCUGACUCCAUGUUGGGCGACCAGGGGCAACUUCGCGACCUGGAGGGGUUCCCUGUAGCCAACAAAGAGGAGGGCGGGCAGAAUGGGCACAAGGGCAAGGAGGGAGAGAUAGCCGGGCAGAAGGGGGCGGCAGGGGGACGCGGUGGGAAGAAGCUGCCACCGAGGGAGACGCGGGGGGGAUCGUGGGAGGACACGUACCAGCGGGGGCCGAGAGGGCGGGGUCUACCUCGACAGUUGGUGUUCCCGUUGAAGGAGGGGGCGGAUGACCACCGUCAAGACGACGGCAGGCCCAGGGGUACCUACACACAUACACACACCAGACAGAAAGGACAGGCAGGCUACGCUAGGCACAGUCUGUUUCUCUGUGUGGUCAUUCAUCUGUGUGUUUGUAUGUGACGGAUUGCAGACUUGGAGGCGAUUGUAGGCAGGCAUGGUUUCGCCAUCGUGCGCUCCAGCAACCCCAAGUCACGGAGCGGUGAUCCAGUGGAGGUCGUACAGCUGCUACGCGAAGGUCACAGGAUGGUGAGCCAUACAAACACAUACAUACAUACAUACAUGGUGUUGCAAUGCAGCCAUCCAUUUAACGUCUCCUCUCCUCGUUUAUGGUCUGUCUGUCCUGCCACGCAGACCGAACAGGAGAUCGCCAGUCUGCUGCUGCGCAUGACGGCCAGAGCCGCACAGACGGAGCGCGGCGUCAAACCUCGAGAGAGGCAGGCCCUGGAGGCUGCCAGACGGGAGAAGGCGCUCGAGGCAGCAAAGGAAGUGCGCGCCGAACUGCAGAGGAGAGGUAGGUAUCACGAAGACGAAACCUAUGUACCUUCUUUCCUUUGAGCGGGUGCGAUGUGUCUGUUUCAGAAGCCAAGAGGGUCAGUCUCAUGCAGAGCGGAAAGGGCCGCGUCAACACCACAGACCGCUCGCAGGUGCGUGCUCAUCACACGCGCAGACUCACAGACAGACAACCAUCGACACGCACGCAUCAACAAGUCGGUGAGUCAUGUGUUGCCCUUUCUGUGUGUCUCUUUCUGUGUGUGUGCUUCAGGCUGGUCGCCCUCCCGCCAGCCCUCCCGCCAACCCUCCCCGGCCGUUCUCUCAGAGGCCCCCCACGCACCCCGUCACCCAAUCGCCCACCAUUCGCAUCCUGCCACGCCCCUCUCCCCCCAGCCCGGCAGCGCCACCCCACAAAAGUCUGCAGCUGACCGACCGCAACCGCAACCGCAACGCAUCGUGCCAGCGGGAGAAGGAGAAGAAGAUCCGCAACCUACAAGAAGAGCAGAACGACAAGAAAGAGUGCCUGAGGAGGGCCAUGAUUGUGCUGAGGCGCCUGAUCACGGUCCACAGCAGCGAGGGCCAGCGUGAGGCCCUGCUGGAGGGGUGCGGGCAAAUCAUAGUGCCGAAGAAGCAGCGGCAAGUAAGGAGGCAGGCAGGCAGAGAAAACAACGAGAUGCACAGAUGGAUGGAUGGAUGGAUGUGCGCGUGGUGGUUGUAUUCUCAGUGGGGAUUGGUACUUCCCGCCCACCAACACCAGACAGAAGGGCACGGCCGCCAACAGCACCAGCAGCAGCAAUGUGAACUAUCACGCCCUCGAUGGAGGACCAUCCAAUGGAUCUCUCUGUUUUGUGUGUCUCUGUGCAGUCUGGUAUGAGCCCGGCACUGCGAAGUGUCCUCAACGACCCGGACACAUUGCCCAUCCUCCGAUCUGUGGGGGUAAGUAAGAAAGAAUAGUCGACGCCGUGAGGGGUCAGUCAGUCAGUCGACACGCCUUCCACCCACCUCCCCACCCACACAUGCAUGGCCUUUCCUUUCCUUGCUCUUCAGAUCACCAGCGUGCCCGGCUCUGCUGAGGAGGCCACAGCUUGUUUGGACCAAGUGCAACAGGCCCUGGCGCAGCUCGAUCAGCAUCAAGUGAGUGACUGACCGACCAAAGACCAAACAGAUAGGGGAUGGAUGGAUGGAUGUGUGUGUGUCAUCCUUCUUUGCCAGGAGCAUCGCAGCACAGAGGAGCGCGACAUGGUAGCAGAUAGCGAUGGUACGCACAUACAUGGCAGAUCGACAGAUAUACCGACACCUGCAUGCCUCUUCUUUCCAUAUCGUUGCUGGUUGGGGCAUGUGCAGGAUUGGACCAGGUUGUGGAGCUGGAGGAUGAGGACCUAGCAGAGGAGGCUCGCAUCCAGCGAGGGGAGGCUGUCAAGGGCGGCCGUGGGGGCGGAGGGUCGGGGCCUUCUGGCUGACAACCACACACCAUCAAUCAUCACAGACACACACAGGUACGUAUGAACGCAUGCAGGUACACGGAAUCUGCAUCUUGACGUGUGCAGGUCUUUAGUAGUUUCUGCUGGGCGACCGCGCCCGUCUUAUCGAGCCACACGACCACACCACACCACAGCACCCACCACACACACAUUACAUACCAUCCAUACACACACACACACCAUGACAGACGACAGACAGACAGACACACAGGGUGUAGGGGGCAGCGAGAGAUACGAAUUAAGGGGCUGUAGGGGCUUGGGUGCAUACCUGCCUGUGCGUUUGUGAAGGUGUUUGUUUUGUCGUGCGGUGAAGUGCUCGUGCCUCGGCUCUCCUGUCUGUCUGUCCAGCCCAAGUCUGCCGCAGCCUUAAACUUGCCCGACACAACCAAUGAGAGAGCAAACUAAUCUCUGACCACGAUGAUGUGAUGGAAUGCAGUCUUCGGACUCGUUGGGUCGGGCAUGUUUUCGGUUGCGCCGAGUGUGAGGUAUGUGUGUCGGUGUGAUGCUAUGCGCGUUGAUUGCAUACACGUGGUUGAUUGAUGCCUUUGUCGCCGGCCGGCCGGACAGACCCCAGCCAGCCAGCCAGCAGUGAGACGUUAGUCAGUCAGUCAUGAGAAGGGCCUCGACAGAGCCAACACGGACAGACCAUCAUCAAGCCAGCCAGCCCUGGACCAAAUAUACCCCCACACGCACACAGAGAUAUCAAUGCAUCGGUGCUGUGUAAGUUCGUCCCACCCACACCACCCACACAGCAAGGCCCACUACCUACUCUCAGCUGACUGGCCGGCGAUGUGUUCAUGACCCGUACUUCUGUGGACGAAUGGACACUUCUCGAUGAUGUGUGUAUGAAUGUACGAUUUCAAAGAUAUCUGUAGACACACCCGUCCGUCCGUCUGUCUGUCUGUUGGGCCAGCGAGCGCAGAACAUACGGCAUGCAGGUCACUCAAUCAGUCAGUGCAUGUAGGUAGAUGUCCAGACACACAUACAGACAUCCAUCCAUCCAUCCAGACAGACAGACAGACAGAUGUCUUGACGUCCUUGUGUUAUAUGUG